UCCCGGAAGCCGCGGUUCACACCAACAAUUCUUAUUGCCGACGGGCCUGAGGAGCCCAUUAUGGCGACGCCCCCUAAACGCCGGGCUGUGGAAGCCACGGGGGAAAAAGUGCUGCGCUACGAGGCCUUUAUCAGUGACGUGCUGCAGCGGGACUUGCGAAAAGUAUUGGACCAUCGAGACAAAGUAUAUGAGCAGCUGGCCACAUACCUUCAGCUGAAAAAUGUCAUUGAGCGACUCCAGGAAGCUAAUCACUCGGAGUUAUAUAUGCAGGUGGAUUUGGGCUGUAACUUCUUCGUUGACACAGUGGUCUCAGAUACUUCACGCAUCUAUGUAGCCCUGGGAUAUGGGUUUUUCCUGGAGUUGACACUGGCAGAAGCACUCAAGUUUAUUGAUCGUAAGAGCUCUCUCCUCACAGAGCUCAGCAACAGCCUCACCAAGGACUCCAUGAAUAUCAAGGCUCAUAUCCACAUGUUGCUAGAGGGGCUGAGAGAACUACAGGGCCUGCAGAAUUUCCCAGAGCCAGCUCACCAUUGAUUACUACUUCCCAUCCUCUGACAUUAAAGAGCCUAAAUGCCUUGGA